AUGCUUCAAUAUAACCGGCCAACGUUGAGUGAAAAUGAGAAUUUUCGGGUAUUGCAGUGCUCAGUAUUUCGUGUACUACGCUUAUUGUUUUGUUUGGAACGUAAUCGUCACUUUUUUCGUCGUUUAUUCCCGUCAGAAUUCUAUGAAAAGUUCAUCGAUAUUGGUCAUUAUGUGCAUGAAUUACAAGCUUAUACAACACUUGUGGACAGCUAUCGUCACAUUAUUGAGACGACACCCAAAGACACCGUUCAAUCGUGUUGGGAUACAAGUGAUCAACAACGUGAUCCAAUCGCAGUGAUCGGUCAGUAUGAAGUUAUCGAACAGUUGGGCUCAGGUGCAUUCGGAUGUGUCUAUCGAGUGCACAAGAAAAUCAUCAAUUCAGCGCAUAAAACCUCAGCACCAACAUAUGCACUCAAAGAGAUUUUCAUGUUGCAAGAAGACGAAAGUAACGUGGACAAGAGUUACGGUGAUAUUAUAAGUGAAGUACGAAUAAUCAAACAACAGUUGCGACAUCCAAAUAUCGUUCGAUAUCGUCGUGUCUUUGUCGAGAACCACAAGUUGUAUAUUGUUAUGGACCUGGUGGAAGGGGCAUCGUUGAGAGAUCACAUUAAUUCAGUUAAAGAAAAGAACGAAACGUUCACUGAGGUCAGAAUAUGGAACAUCGUUAUACAGGUUAUCUUCGAGUUCCUCUUAAGUGCCUAA